AUGGCGAAGAUAGACUGGUACAACCAGACAAGAGGCACAGAAUUUGUCCUAAUAGGAUUCAAGACUUUUCCGGAACAGCAGUAUCUCCUUUUUGGUGUGUUUUUCAUGAUCUAUAUGGUAACAAUGGCUGGAAACAUCCUUAUAACUUCAGUAGUUCUGGCUAAUCCUCACCUACACAAGCCAAUGUACUUCUUUCUGUGGAACUUAUCUUUUUUAGAGAUCUGCUACUCUUCAACAAUCCUUCCCAGGAUUUUGGCCAGCUUUAUAAGUGACUAUCAUGGAAUUUCCUUUAGUGCAUGUUUCAUCCAGUUCUAUUGUUUUUCUUUUUUGGCUGCAGCUGAGAGCUAUCUCUUGUCUGCAAUGUCUUAUGACCGAUAUGUUGCUAUAUGCCAACCACUCCAUUAUGUCACCCUCAUGAACAAAAAACGGUGUAUUCAGUUAUCCUUUGCCUCAUGGAUGAUCGGCAUUGUGGCUAGUGUGUUUACUACAGUCUUUCCUUCCCAGCUGAACUACUGUGGCCCCAAUGAAAUUGACCAUUUCUUUUGUGACUAUGCACCAUUGUUAAUGCUCUCAUGCAGUGACACUUGGCAGACAGAAAUGCUGAUGACCGUCUUGGGCUCUGCAUGUUCAGUACCACCAAUGCUAUUCACACUGGCCUCAUAUGUAUGCAUCAUCACUACCAUUUUGAGAAUGCCUUCCAACAGUGGCAGGGGCAAAGCCUUUUCUACUUGUUCCUCUCAUCUUAUUGUGGUCUCAAUUUUCUAUGGAAGCCUCAUCAUCGUAUAUGUAUUACCCAAGCCAAAGGCAAUGAAAGAUCUGAACAAAGUCUUCUCUGUUUUCUACACAAUCCUGACCCCUAUGAUCAAUCCAUUUAUAUAUACACUGAGAAACAGAGAAUUUAAAGAGGUUGUUAGAAAGGCAUUGAACAAACUGUUUUCCUACAGAAGAAUUCAUAGUCUCCAACAGUGCACAAUGACUUGCUAG